GGUAGAUUGAGUUCAGUAUUACUGCGGUACUCGAGCGGACGUGAACAGAAAAGCGAAAACCUUCCCGAUGUCCAUAUUGAGAAGAAUCGAAGAUAACACAAAAAUUUUGGAUUGGGGUAGAACCUAAUUAGUCAUUAAUUAGUACCAAUAAGCGGGUUCUAAUAUCGGCGAGAUAAUCCAAAUACGCAAAACGUAAACGUUCCGUGUCAGGCGCGACAAUGAUUAACUCGGUUUUAGAACAUCGGGUUCUUUUAAAGUUGAACUAUAUCUUGUUGUGCGUCUUACUGGUUCUAGUACAAGUCGAAGGAUUACCGAAAGUAUUUCGGAGUAACGAAAUAUGUGGAGUUUACAACGGACACCGAGUUUAUCUGGAACUGGGUGAUCGGGGGCAAUUACAGGCCACAAAUGUCACUGUUUUGAAGCAUAUCGACCGAACCACACCCACAGUCUGCACCCUUGAGUUGGUUACAUGUCCAUCAUGUAACUUGAAAAUCUCAUUAAGCUACUCAGACUUCCCUACGAAGUGCUCUAUUCGUAACGAGUUACCGUGUCGGUGCGAUUAUCUGGAAUUUUCUGAACCCCCUUUCGAGAAUGACCAGUCCAAACGACGCAACUGUGGCAAUGAAGUAAUAUAUCAAACACAGACCCGGUCGGUACUAAUCAAAUUCAUUCACUGGAACAACCAUUCUCAUGCUUUCACACUGGAAUACGUUGCGGAAAGGAAUCGAGAAUCAUUGCAGGGCGACCCUGGACAAAUUCAGAACCUCACCGGAUCGCACUCCAGAAUCAUAACAACUCCGUAUUUUCCGUCAUAUUAUCCAAGAGAUUUUGGAAAGGAAUAUGUUUUCAGUUGUAACGUUGAUGCUUGCAGGAUAAAUAUAAUCUUUAGUGAUUUCCAGCUGGCCAAGACAUCAACGAUGGAGUUCUAUGACUGGAAUGGGCAACGGUUGGGUGCAGUUUCAGGAGUAAGUUUUCGUCCUCCAGUCGUACAAAGCACUGGUCCAUCAAUGAUAGUGAGGUUCUUCGCCAAUGGGGGGUCGGGACUGGGCUACCGAGCGAAAGUUUCAUUUUUGACUGAAGAAAGUGCUAUGGAUCCUUCGGUUCUACCGGACACCAACUGCGGUGGUACCGUAGAGAACAUUGGAGGAGCUAUCACGAUGAUGAACAUGCUACCCAGUAACAACGAAACCAGAAUAUUCGACUGCGUUUGGCUGCUGAAACCACCGAACACGUAUGCGCAUCUCAAAACGCAUUUGUCGUUAAAAAUUAACACGUUCGAAAAGAUGGGACCGAGUUCAAUGCUGACUAUGAUUCAGGGUACUACUUCGAAUAAUGCAGUACUGGACGUAAUCAGAUCUAGUACACCUAGAAAUGGACGAAACUAUAUUGUUCCACUGACUACCGGAUUUUAUAUUCAUUUGAGAGGAAUUUUCACGAUUCAUUCCAAAAUGGCUUUGGUGUACGCGGCCUUCAGUUACCUUGACUGUUUUAUGGGUUCCGAAUACUUAUGCAAAAAUCGAAAAUGCAUUCCGAUUCAGCUACAUUGUGACGGUUUUGAUCACUGUGGAGACGGCAGUGAUGAACCAGAAAGCUGCGAAACGGAAUGGGAGUCUGAGGUGGUGGAUCGCCGAUGGUACUCGCACACGCCUAACUAUUACUUUCCUAAGGUCGAUCGGUAUCCGGAUCUUCGAACUGCCACCACCGUCUUUAUUGUAAGUUCUAUUGGUUUGAUAGUUUUGAUUUCAACACUAGUGAUAUUGCUGUAUCGAUCUGGGAACCGAGCACGUCAACAACGGGAACUGCAAAGUCAACUGCAGACCAUCAGUGAUUUAUUGGUGACUGUCAUUCAAGUAGAUAGCAACAACACUCACGGUGCUGAAGAACUGGACGAUCCCCCGAUGUACGAAGCUCCGCCUGAUUAUGACGAAAUAAUCAAAGUAGGCAUGGAUGACGACGUCAAACAAAAACGAACAAAACCUUCGUCGUCUUCCUCCGGAAGGCGGAGCCGGAUGAAGCGUUCUCGUAGACCAAGCAACGUUUCCGACAUUAACAAUCCAAUUCUUGAGGUAUGGUUGCCUCCGGAAUCGAAUGACGUUCCUUCCACUAGUGGUUCCACACUACAAGUUCCAGUGGCUAAUGGUGGCAAUCAAAGCAUGUCGGAACCGGACAAUGGAAUCCCGUUCGACUUACACUGGAAUCUACCGGAAUCGAAUGCGUUCCUGCCAAUCUCCGUCAUAGAAUGGCGUUUACAGAAGCUUCAACGUCGAACUCGGCGAGCCAGAAUGUCGGCAAUGGAACGUCAACAUUCUCCGGCACAGCUGAUGCGCCACCAGCGUACGAUGAAUCGUUCUACCGGAAUUGAUUUCGUUCCAUUUACUAAUAUUUGCGAGGAGAAUAUUGUAUUGAGUGUAAGUAUUCCGACCAUCCAGGCCAUAGGCCGUUCAACAUCCGGUUCUAGCGAGAACCAACCUAAGGAUCACUUUGAGGAAGCGUCGGCAAAGGAAUCCCCAGAGCAAUCAAUCUCUCGGAUAGUGCUUUCCGUCGAGAAGAACAGUAAUAUCGGAUCAACUUCUUCUGUAGAUGCCGUAGAUAAACCUACACACAUGUGGAAUGAAAGAACCCGUAACCAACGGCUUUGGUUGGCAUUCGGUAGUGACGAAUUACAGUUCCCUGCUGUAUCACCUAGUUGCUACGAAGCACUUGACUCGGUGGAUUUUAGCCAAAUACAAGCAAUCGACGCCUAUCUUUUAGCCUGUGAAUCUGCUUCCAAUAAAAAACUCAGCCAUAACCAUGAGCAUGGUUCGAGCAGUACCGAUCAUUCGCAGGAUCCCUCUACCACUUCAAGUCUGAAAAACCGUUCAACCAAAAACUGUCCCCGUUGCAGGGAAAAACUUUUUUCGCAAAACUCCUGGUGUCCAAGUUGUGCUCUUACCAGAAUGGCAAAAGUACCAACCGUAAUCUGUUCUACGUGCGGCGGCAAGAUAUCUCUGCAAGAAAGUCUAAGUUCGUCUCGUGGGCCAACUGCUCAACAGUCCAGUUCCAGCGGCAGUGAAGGGGAACUGCCACUAUCCACAACAACGGUGAAGCUCUGCAAUUGCUUCCCACGAUUUGGUGGUUCGCAGGACGAAAUUUUGCGAUCGGAAUCAGCAACUGUUAUUCUGGAUAGGCCGAAGUCCAUCGAUCAAGUGGAGACCACCGGUUAUGCUAGAAGAAGUGUGGCCAACCUAGCCAGUAGCUUUGAGGCGUUCAUCAAUUCUCACAUGGGAGCACCAAAAUCUGAUAAGUGAAACAUUCUGUAUUUAGUUACUUAAUUGACUUGUGAUAAUCAUUCGGAUAAAUAAAUUUUUACGAAGAGGUACGGAACGUAUGUUGUUCCCUUAAGUA